AUGCCUGUUUCUAUCGCUCUGUACUUCAUAGAAUCCAACAACUUAUAUUCGGGAUCUCUUACUUUCGCAACUGACACCUCACCCAAUUGCGUUACGAUUGGGGAUGUCAAUAGUGAUGCGAAACCUGACAUAGUUACGGCAAAUUAUGGUGCAAACACAGUGAGCGUUCUCCUAAAUACAGAAAAUGGCACAUUUGCUUCUCAAACUAACUAUACAACCGGCACCAGUCCACACUCAGUUGCAAUAGGCGAUGUCAACAACGACGCGAAACCUGAUAUAGUUACGGCGAACUAUGUUGGAAACUCGGUGAGCGUUCUCCUGAAUAUGGGCAACGGAACAUUCCGCCCUCAAAAUACAUUUCCAACUGCCAGUGGCCCAUACUCAGUUGCGCUUAGUGAUGUUAACAAUGAUACGAAACCUGAUAUAAUUACAGCAAAUUAUGGUUCAAACUCAGUGAGCGUUCUCCUCAAUAUCGGCAACGGAACAUUUCGCUCUCAAAAUACAUUUCCAACUGGUGCGUAUCCAUACUCAGUUGCGCUUGGUGAUGUUAACAAUGAUGCGAAACCUGACGUAGUUACGGCGAACUAUGCUGGAAACUCGGUGAGCGUUCUCCUGAAUAUGGGCAACGGAACAUUCUGCCCUCAAAAUACAUUUCCAACUGGUCCGUAUCCAUACUCAGUUGCGCUUGGUGAUGUUAACAAUGAUGGGAAACCUGACAUAAUUACAGCUAAUUCUGGUGCAGUCACAGUUAGUGUUCUUUUCAACACAGGCAACGGGACAUUUUCUCCUCAAACCACCUUCCAAACUGGUAUGUCUCCAUACUCAGUUGCCAUCGGUGAUGUUAACAAUGAUACAAAACCUGAUAUAAUUACGGCCAGCUAUUAUAUAAGCACAGUUAGUGUUCUUCUCAACACAGGCAAUGGCACAUUUGUUUUUCAAACUACCUAUGCAACUGGUGCACGUCCAUUUUCCGUUGCGAUUGGUGAUGUUAACAAUGAUACGAAACAUGAUAUAGUUACGGCUAAUUCUGGUGUAGCUACAGUUAGUGUUCUUCUCAAUACAGGCAAUGGCACGUUCCGCUCUCAAAAUACCUAUGCAACUGACAGUGAUACACAAUCAGUUGCGAUCGGUGAUGUUAACAGUGAUGGGAAACCUGAUAUAGUCACGGCAAAUUCCCCUGCAAACACAGUUAGUGUUCUUCUCAAUACAGGCAAUGGCGGAUUUUCACCUCAAACCACCUUUGCAACUGGCGCAUAUCCAUACUCAGUUGCGAUUGCUGAUGUUAACAACGAUGCCAAACUCGAUAUAAUUACAGCAAAUUCUGGUGCAAACACAGUUAGUGUUUUUAUCAAUACAGGCAAUGGCACAUUCAGUUCUCAAAAUACAUUUCCAACUGGCAAUGGUUCAUACUCAGUUGCGAUCGGUGAUGUUAACAGUGAUGGGAAACCUGAUAUAAUUACAGCAAAUCGGGGUGCCAACACUGUUAGCGUUCUCCUCAAUAUGGGCAACGGAACAUUCCGCUCUCAAACUACCUAUGUGACUAGCAGUGAUCCACGAUCAGUUGCGCUCGUUGAUGUUAACAAUGAUGCGAAACUCGAUAUAAUUACAGCAAAUUAUGGUAACAACACAGUGAGCAUUCUUCUCAAUGUAGGCAACGGCACAUUUCGGCCUCAAAUCGCCCUUGCAACUGGCAAUGGCUCAUACUCAGUUGUGAUCGGUGAUGUUAACAGUGAUGGGAAACCUGAUAUAAUGACAGCCAAUUAUAAUGCAGACACAGUGAGCGUUCUCCUGAAUAUGGGCAACGGAACAUUCCGCUCUCAAACUACCUAUGCAACUGGCAGUAGACCACAAUCUGUUGCGCUUGGUGAUGUUAACAAUGAUGCGAACGUGGAUAUAAUUACAGCAAAUCGGGGUGCCAACACUGUUAGCGUUCUUCUCAAUACAGGCAGUGGCACAUUUUCUCCUCAAAUCACCUUUUCAAUUGGCGCAUUUCCAAACUCAGUUGCGGUUGAUGAUGUUAACAAUGAUGCAAACGUUGAUAUAAUUACGGGAAAUGGAGGGAAUGUUGGAAUUUUAUUUCAUUAUUGA